AUGGGAUUUUUCAUUUCUCGAGAUAAAUUAACCAACUUAAAAUCCUACAAAUAUCAAAGUGAAGAUCAUUCUAUCCUUUCUAAUGCAAUACUAAAACCAUAUUGGAGACAAUUCUCCAAAAUCUUCCCCGUAUGGAUGGCUCCCAACGUAGUAACAUUAUUAGGUCUAUCUUUCAUAAUCAUAAAUGUAUUAGCCACGUUAUAUUAUGAUCCAUCAUUAACUGAACAAACUCCAUCAUGGACGUAUUUCUCGUACGCCAUUGGGUUAUUCCUAUAUCAAACAUUCGAUGCAUGUGAUGGGCUUCAUGCACGUCGUACGGGACAAUCUGGGCCCUUAGGUGAAUUAUUUGACCAUUGUAUUGAUUCAAUUAAUACCACUUUGUCAAUGUUACCCUUCAUUUCCACGGCAAAGAUUGGAUUUGGGAAAUUACUCAUCUUGGUUCAAUUCACUGUCUUGGGGAACUUUUAUUUAAGUACAUGGGAAGAAUUCCAUACUCAUAAAUUAUAUUUAAGUGAAUUUUGUGGACCUGUGGAAGGUAUUUUCAUCUUAAUUACUUCUUAUAUAAUUGUGGGGAUUUGGGGACCUGAUUUAAUGUGGCAUAAAGUCGUAUUCCAAAAUGAUGUUGUUCGUAUUGAAUCUAUUCAUUUAUGGUUUACAUUUUCAUUCUUUGCUGUCUUUUAUAAUAUUAUCGCUGCAAGUAAGAAUGUUAAGCAAUAUUAUAAAGAACAAGAAUUGGUUAAAGACGGGCAAAGCGACUCUACUGGAACCGGUUGUCAGAGAAAAGCUGAAUUGGAAUCACAAAAGGAGUUGGAUAUCGCUAUUAAAGGGUUACUACCAUUUUUGUUUUAUUUCAUUAGUGUUAUAGUACUAAUUACUGUGAAUGAAAAUUUCAUUAAUUUACCACUAGUUUUAUCAAUUGGCUUAACAAUGGCAUUUGUUGUGGGACGUAUCAUUGUUGCACAUUUAACGAACCAGGAUUUCCCAAUGAUUAAUUUCCCCAUGCUAGUUCCUUCCAUUCAAUUGGUUUAUUAUUUAAUUUCUACACAUUAUUUGAAACGUGAUACCACAUCCACAAUAAUAAAUUUAGUUUGGUUUGGGUUAGGUUUAACUUUAGGAAUCCACGCCAUGUUCAUUAAUGAAAUCAUUUAUGAGUUUACUGAUUAUUUGGAUGUUUAUGCUUUAACCAUUAAACAUCCCCAUGCAAAGGUUGUCUAA